CACAUGUUUACAUUCAGCUGAACAUUGGCUGAGUUGUGAAUAGAAAAGUUGAUAUUGCCAAUACGAACGAUAUAAUGUUUGAGGUUAAAUCUUUAUUCGUUCAAUGUUUGGCAUCGUUAUAUUAUCUGUUUGUUUUAUUAUUAUUAUUAGAUUUGAUGUGUACGUUGAAAGUUUUAGGGGAUUAAAUUAGUUUUAUUCCAUAUGUAAGAAAAGUUUAAAUUUUAAUACAUAUAUCUGAGUAAAGUUGCGAAAACUCUUAUCCAAGAUAGAAAAAUGUUUGGGGCAGUAUCAACUUUAACAGGAUCAAUAGGGAGAUUUACAAGACUCAAGAACUUGUGCCAGCUGCAAAUGGUGAAAGGUGGAUGUUUUAUUCACACAGGCGCUGCAUUGAGUGUUCGAUUUAGAGACAUUGUACCAGAGCCAGUAGUGCCUGCAGGUUCUCAGGAUAUACUUCUUCAGAAUGUCCGUUCAGCCAAAGAUAGCAAUGCAGUACUUAAUGCUGUCAGUCGCCACCAUUCAAUCAUGAACAGUAAACAUGUUGUGCAAGCAUUGAAGUCUCUGUUUCUCCUACAGAAAGCUCAAAGUUCCCAAAUAUCAAAACGG